UCACCGAACUAUGCAUCGCAUAUCGAACAGCCGGUAUACCUACAAGAUGAAACACACAUAAUAUAAAAGGUAUUCUGAAAGUCAAUGGCCAGUCAUUCAGUGAUUCUCUCAGUGCUUGUCGUUCCAUUUACCUAACCAAAGAUGUUCACUCGGAUUUUGGCGAUGUUCUCCAUCUCUCUCUUGUUCACAGAAAUAACCGAGAGCUCACCAGCACUGGCUAAGGUACCGAGGCAAUACCUCACUGGAGUUCCCGGUUAUAUCCCGGUAUACAUUAGAGCCGAUGAAACACCCCUAGAAGAGAUCAACCCGGAUCUGGCCGCAGCUUUUAACUUUUAUGCACAAAAACACGGCAGGCUAACUUUUGCGCGAUCCAUCGGGGAUAAAUCUGAUGCCAGGGAGUUUAAAAGUGGAUUUCCAGAGAGUAUCAACUUGUCUGAGAUUGACAAGGUUUCCUUAGACGGAGAUCAGAAUUCCGUCGAAGAUAAUAAAGUUAACGAAACCCCAAAAUAUAAAGAUUACAAAAAAAGUAGUAAUAUUCAAAAAAUACCAAGAUCGUAGAACUUGUGAUAUAUAGAUAUUUAUAUAUUUAUUUUGUUGUAUAUAACAACCUGAUGAUAAAGUAAAUUAAAUUAAUUUUAAAGUGACUUUUAUUUUCCAAAUUCUGCAAUAAAAAUAUUCUACGCUUCAUAUAUUUUUCAUAAUUAGGUUAGAGAUGAAGCUGAAAGUGAGUUGAUAACAACUGUAAGCUUAAAAACUAUAAACAUAAAUUUUUUCGAUUGAUAAAACUUAGUUAGUUUGAACUCCAUUUAUAUUCUCUCUGGUAUUAAAUGAAGUUACUAGGAACAAUUUUAGUUAACUGCAAAAAGUGGUACGUCAUGUUUUUGCUUGCUAUUUAUAACUGGA